AUGGAUGGAGUUACGGCAAUGGCGCUCCGGGUUGGCGGCGAUCGUGUAGAGGUCGCUAACGUCGUUCGAUCAACCGGGGUUGUCGGACUUGCAUCUGCCAAAUUGGUUCCUGGCGAAGACUACACUCUCUGCUACGCGUCCAAGCUCGGAUUCGACGAUCCAAAUACCACCCCUCAGCCGGAGGACUAUAGAUAUUCAAUAGGCACGCUAACCCUGUCUGAUGGAGUGGCGUACGACUGUGAUUUUGAGGGCCAAACUUUGUCAUCGUGCGGCAUGGCCAUAUACCGGCCCAGCCAGGAGGUUGAUUUUGAGUGGAAAUUGGGAACCGGCCAAUCUACUACCCCUGGUAGUGGACCCACUUCCGAUCAUACCACAGGGACGGAUGCUGGGCAUUAUGCUAUUAUGAAAUCGCCCGGCUACAUGAAUGACGCUAGUGCGGCUGUUUUGAUCGGUCCGGCGCUAUUCCCUGCUGACUAUGGGCAGUGCUUGACGUUUGCUUACAACAUGAAUGGGCAGGAUGUCAAUGCCUUGCGAGUUUACAUGGCGCCCUCAAAAUUUAUGGAUGGUCCUGCUUACCUUUCCGAAGACAUCCCCCACUACUCUGAACACACGUGGGGAACUCCUAGGUGGGUUGGUGUAGGCAACAAGGGUGAGGGUUGGCACCUGGCGGGCGUUCCCAUAGUAGCGAAGUCGGACGGUCCGUUUCACCCGGUGUUCGAAGCCCUUGCCGGGAAAUCCGAAAAAGGGGAUAUUGCUGUUGACGACGUGAAGUUAGUUAAGGGAAGAUGUCCCGCCGAAACCAGAUCUCAUCCGAAGUCUACCGUGGACGGCCAAACAAUGAUAUGUGGAGAGGUGCGCAUGGUCACGGGCAAGCAUCCGGAUGAUAAAAGCUGGAAGCUGGACGGUGCGAUCAGCUGCUCUGGUCGGGGAUACUCUGCUGCUGAAGUGGAAGGGGCGUGGAUGCCUUGUUGUGUUCCGCAUUUCGGAACGUAUACCUUGAUGCUUCAGGAUUCCAUGAAUGAUGGUUGGGAAGGAAGCAAACUGGAGAUGCGGUUCUUUGAUCGCACUUAUGAGUUCGGGAAGGAGAUCAGACAUCGCACAGGUGAAGUUCAAAUUCCAGUGGUCAUAGGACAAUUGGAUAUUCUUAAGGCGCAAUACUCUGAUAAGUCAAUUGAGAUAGACGUGCGAGUCACCUCUCAGAACUCUCAUGUGUGGUGUGGCGUGGCUGAGGCUCUGGAGGACGGUAGCGUCAGAACUCCGUCACCCAGAAAGCAGCUGCUGAAGGACUACGGAGUCAGAUCUCGUGAUGCAACCACUGAGCCGGGAGAGGUGCGAGUAAUCGGAAUUAAGGGCGACUUUAUUAAGCCCAAUCGAUAUUAUGACGUGUAUUGCUACGCCGAGGCUGCUGAUACUGACGCGAAUGGCAUCAAGAAUGAAAUGGAUAACGAGCAGAUUGCUGCUACGCGGUAUAGAAUGGCGUCGGAUAUCGAGGCGCCCAGGAUUUCUGUGCUGGAUGUGAAUGUUAGUGGAAGUAACGCUCGCAUUAAGGUAGCGUCGGAUGAGCCAGCGAAAGUGUGGUGCUCGGCCAUCCUGUUGCCGAAUCGGCGCGACGUGAACAAGGAUAUGGUUCAGCUUGAAGGGGAAUUUGUUCAAUUCAAGAGGGCAGGAGAACAAGACAUUGAGUUUGACAAUUUAGCGGGAGAGUCUGUCUACAAGCUUCAUUGCUUUGCGCAGGACUUUGCCGAACCGUGGCCCAACCACACGAGCGAUGCCGACUUGAAGAAUGGUGGCAUAUUCCAUCGCGAUUCGGAACAGGAAGUUAAAUUCAGCACCUCCAAGCGACAUCCAAACUCCAAAAUCACCCAUGUAGCCACCAUAGCGAACGGGUUUGAUGUCCACGUGAAUUUGGACGGCGCGGGUAAAGUAUACUGCGCGGCUGCGCCGGAAGGAGUAGAUUUCCCAUCGGCUACCGAGGUCAUUGGCGCUGGAGCAUCCGCCCAAUUGACGAAAAAGGACUUUAUUGAGGAAGGUGUUAGAGACGUUCGAGUCGCGAUCCGAGGUGUUAAGACCAAGACACCCUACAAGGUGUUUUGUCUCGGCACCUCCCUCGAUGGAGCGCUGAAGUCCGGCGACAAGGAGAUGUGGAAAUCAGCGGUGCCAGCCGUCUCCUAUGGUCGCUUCUGCGAUAUCCCUGCAAAUCCGCCCACCGCGCAAAAGGAAGAGAAGACCACACCCUUUGACCCUCUGACUUCCGACGAGGAGUUGACAGUCCGAAGGUUCAUGCUCUCCCGCAAGGAAUUAAACCUGAGCGCCGUUUACCGGGUGACACUGUUUCACAACAAGUCGGAGAUUUACAGUUACUACGAUCACCAAGGAGAAAUGCCGAAACGGUACGCGAGGGUGCGAAUUGGUCGAUGUGUGGACAACCGCGGCUUUUAUGAGCAGCUGCGAGUAGGGCCACUUGAUGUCGAGGAAAUGGAUUAUCUGCCUCUCGCGGAGCCUGUCGAGACAACCUGCGGAGGUUACAACGCCGAAGGAAUUUUUGGCCGCCGACUUGCUUCCGACGACUUCCUUACCGCCUUCCAGGAUUUGCUUCGCCAAUCGUUUGGGGCUCCGUUCAAUGCUGCCGAGUGUUACCACGGAACCGAGUGUUUGCGUUUGGGCGCGGUCGUCGUGGGUACCCCAGAGAAGAAUGCCAAAGGCCGAUUGUUGAGUCCGGAACAAACCGACAUCUGGGUCGGUCUUAAGAGGCCCACUGGACAGCCCUUGCCAAUCUAUUUCUCGCUCAGUUCAGAUAAGCUUGGGAUUGAAUCCGAGAUAGACCCUUCCCAGAUCCCCCGGUUGCUGGAUACGUACAACUGGGAGGAGUAUGCAGGUCCGGUGUGGUACGACGGUAAGACGUUUGACAGCGUUGCAGAGAUCCUAAAGGCUUGGCGACAAGGCGCCUUAAAGCUGGUUAGUUUGGACAUUCUGGAUCGCCGCCGUCGGGCCGUGCCUACCACCCACAAGCGGCGACUCGCGCCCUCUCCGUACGGCGGGGCGGCGGGGACAGCCGGACUGGAUCUGGACAGGUCGGCUAAACGGUCAGGACUUGAGUACCGAGUGCCCCCUGAGCACGUCGAGCCAGGUGGGAAGAGGUACACCAUCAAGAGUCACCCCGGGGGGCAGAGCUACACAAUUGAAUAUGCGGGCUGGAGUUUCGUGGUUACCAAUGACCGCGAUAAGUCUCUGCAAAUCUGGAAUAUUAUGUUCGAGAAUGAGCGCAUUGUCUUCCAGCUUGGCUUGCAGGAGGCUAUGGCUCACUAUACCGUGUCUGAGCGGACCUUCUUUUUCAUGGACAGCUGGUACGGUGGGCUUGGAGGUGCCGCGCGUCCGGUGCUGAGGGGCUACGAGUGUCCGAAGCACGGCAGUUUGGUGUUCUAUGACCAGUCGCUCUGCGUCUGGGAACAGGAUAUGGCGCGGCCAAUCAGAAGCCACUAUCGCUCGGGAGAGAUCCGCGACGCCGCAGCACAUUACGCGCUGCACAUCCGGCAGAUGCUGACCGUCAGCAACUACGACUACGUCACGACCUACGUGUUCCACCCUUCUGGCCAUGUGGAGGCCAAGGUCGAGUUUACGGGCGAGUUGUACGCGGGUGUCGAAGUGCCGUGGUAUUCGCAUCGCCAGGCCCACUAUGGCACGCUGGUAACGGGUGCCAUGAGGAUGGCUGCGCUCCAUGCGCACCUCGUCAUCUGGCGUAUUGACUUUGACUUGGAGGACUAUCAAAACAACUCGGUGUGGUUUGAGCACGUCAUUCCCGACCCGAAACGUUUGGGAGCGAACUACAUCGAUCGCUUCUUCCCAGACGGUGAGAAGGCAGGCGCGAUUGGCGUGAACGACACUCGCAAUGUGGCUUAUGAAGUGGUCUCAGAAAACAGAAACACCUACGGGAACUACGGCGGAUGGCGGAUUCUGCCGGGCCACUCUUGGUCACCGAACCAGCCACAUGCGGAGUUGUACGCUGGGACCGGGGCAUGGGCAAAGUACAAGGUGUUCAGCACACAGUUCAAAUAUGGGGAGUUGGAUGCGACUCUGCCACGGGACAACAAGUUCGCAGGGGACCCUGCAGUGUCUGUGGACAGGUACAUCAACGACAAUGAGCCCCUCCGGAACACGGACGUGGUUACUUGGUCUAGUAUGUCGUUCAUGCACAUUCCCUGCGCGGAGGACUACCCACUGACCAUCCCAAUCGGCAACACGUUGUCGAUGAUGCUGCGUCCGAACAACUGGUUUUUGGAGGAUCCCACGAUGGACUUGCACAAUGCGAUCGGUGGUGACUUCAAGGACCCAGGACAGUGUGCAGUGGUGCGCAAGAGCAUUUUUGAUGCAAUGGACGUCAAAUCAGCAAAGGGCCCCAUAGUGGUUUGA